ACAAGGCUUCUCUGAAUGCAGUGACUAUAGAUACACAAAGGCUUGUGUAUGUGUCGUUGUUUCCUAUGAAAUAGGAACAUUUUAUGUUCUUCUUGGCAGACAUGGCUAGUGGAAAAAUGCUAUAUAAUUGCCGGUUAACUUCAAGGAAGUUUAUUAUUCGUACAGAUACCGAUCCUGGCAGUACGAUACUGUGUUACGGCUCCAAUAGUGGACGUUGUGAAAAAAGAAGCAGUGAGUGUAGUUUUAUGAUGGAAGGAGGUGGUGUACUUACGGCAGAACGCAGUCCAGCGCGUGCAAAUUUGCAUGUGGCUUUCACUGAAAAAGGGGAAGUAAAAGAGCGCAGAGAGAAAUUUCUGACAGCUAAAUAUGGGUCUCAUCAAAUGUCCCUUAUUCGUAAAAGGCUUGCAGUAGAAAUGUGGUUAUUUGAUGAACUAGAAAAAUUAUAUGAAUCAGUUAAUGAAAGUGGUAAAAAUCGGGAAGUUGAAAUUGAUAUAGAUGAACUUCUUGACAUGGAUAGUGAUGAACAUAGACGAAGAUUUUUGCAAGAAUUAUUGGUUGAUACAAAGAAACCACCGCAUGAUAUAAAUAAACUUGGAUCUCUCGUCGUUUACUUAAACAAUUGUACCAAAAAAAAGACUGCACAAAAUGGAAUUACCUUCCUCUUGAAAAACUAGAUGCGUACAGAAAUCACACGGCAAACAAGAUGAUGAGAUAGACAUAUUUAUCAAAGAUCGAAUACAUAAUAUUGGAUGUCGAAUGAAGCAAGAACGUUUAGCAGAAAGAAAAGUUUUUUGUUUUUGUUUUUUUUUGCACGCUGGAUUAAAUGUAAAGCAAUAUUCACAAAUGUGAUCAUUUAAGCUACACGGAAAAAAGAAAGGAAAAGAAACUGUUUGAGGCUUUACGACUACCUGGUAUUGCAGAAAAGCAAUAUGACCAUUGUAGCGUUAUCAGUCCCCAGUUGAAAUUAUGGAAGAACAAAGAAACGAGAGUUUUAUCCAAGGCAAGGACUAGUGAAAUGUACGAAUCAUUAUUAUUUAUGAUAUAUUAGGGUGUACAGAGAUUCGCCUGCCGUUUAUCGUUUGGCAACACGCGUGAUCUUUGUGGACAUUUCUCAUGGGCAUAGAAGAAUGUGUUUAGACUUUUUACCCUUAAAAACUUCCAUACGAUUUAGGUGAAUAAUGUCGUCUAAUUAAAAUCGUUGAACUCGUCUUGUCACCCGUAUACAUACAUACAUAUACAUAUAUAUAUAUAUAUUUAAAACUUUAUACGACGGAAUAUAUGUGAAUGUGUAAUUAAGAUUAGGAAUAUAUAAAUCUAUACAAUAAACCUUGAUCUCAUCAAGUGCAAUCGUCGACGUAUUUGUUCUAAAUGAACCGAGUCGUAACAAAAAUUUCGUUAAUGACUGUGACGAACGAAUACGUCAGAAUUUAAUCAGAGUUUAUUGUAUUAGAAACGAUACAAUCAAUUGGUGCACUUGUGAUUUAGUGUUGUAAAACAGUAUGCGACCUUGCGAUAGAAUUAUGUUUCAUCAAAUCGAAAUUGUGAAGUUUGGAAAUUUUAUCGCCGAAGGAAAAAACAAACGUAUCGAAAGUCCCUUGUUCAUUUUCUUUCCGUAUUAAUUUUUCUUUUCCGCGAUAAAUGGUAGAAAUACGAUCAAAAUGCUUAUGCGUGUAAUGCUUGUGUCGGUAUACGAAGUAUGUUUCGUAAUAAUCUUGUUCCGGCUUGGUGUAUCUAAAAAAGAAAAGAAAACCGUAGGAAUUCAUGAGAACGAUGUAUUCUCUAGGUUAUUUUCUCAGUGAAUCGUUUGCAGAGAAAUGGGAAAUAUUCGAUGUCUCUAAAUGAAAACGUUAAUUCUAUAUGGCACUGGAAUCUCCCAUCCACGUGUGAAUGUUCAUUUGGAAUGUUUAAUGUUGUAAUACCGAAUCAAAUUAAAUCUACAAUAGUCUUAAGUAAGGGAAAAAGUUAAAUUCAAUUUCCAUAUUCAUCGCGUGAUUCGAAAGGAAACCAUAGACCAUUUAAUAUCCCAGUUCCCUAUGUUUUAAAAUUGGCGAUAGUAUCGUUUCCAUGAGGAAACAAUAUUUUGCAUCAACAUGUACUGAUUAUGUAAGAGAUUGUAUUUACUUGCACAAACAAAAUAACAAUUGGAUAAAAGAAAAAUUAA